UAGAUUUCUCACUUCCAUCGAAUUAUUUAUUAUUCUGCUCACACUUGGGCUUUUGUUAUUAACGCAAAAGUCAAUUACAUACAGUCGUACAAUUGGAAACAAGACUAAAGGUCUUGGCAGGUGAUACACCAUGGCAGCACAGGUUACCGAUGUGUUGAAGAAUUUGAAAGGUAGGUAAAAUCACCCUUGGCGGAAGUCUCCGCUAUUAUUUGGUCAUUCAUGGGAACUUUGAAUUAACAAGCUAUCUAGUGAAGGAUCCUAAUUCUGUAAUUGAGUCUGCAGCGGAGGCCAAAUCAAAUGGGAACACGCAAGCCGACGCCGAAGAUUCGGAUGAUGAGGAAGAGGAACCCGUAAAUGGGGAAGGUGCAGGGGAAGGAGGAGCGAAGAAGAAGAGGAAGAGGAAGAAGAAGCCAAAGAAGAAGGCUGAAGCCAAUCCUAAAGUUCAAUCGUCACCUCCACGAGUUCUUCUAUCGAAUUUAUUUCCAAGCGGCGAAUACCCUGUUGGAGAGGAAGUCGAAUAUAGAGACGAGAAUAAUUAUCGAACAACUAGCGAAGAGAAACGUUAUUUGGAUCGCAUGAACAAUGAUUUCUUACAAGAGUAUCGACAGGGUGCCGAGAUCCACAGACAGGUCAGACAAUAUGCUAAAGCCAAUAUUAAACCUGGGCAAACCUUGACCGAAAUUGCGGAAGGGAUUGAGGAUAGUGUGAGAGCUUUGACUGGUCACCCAGGAUUGGAGGAGGGAGAUAAUAUCAAGGGGGGUGUCGCUUUCCCAACUGGUGUCAACCUGGAUCAUAUCGCCGCUCAUUACAGUCCGAACGCCGGAAACAAGACCGUUUUGGCCUAUGAGAAUGUUAUGAAGGUCGAUUUUGGAGUACACAUUAAUGGUAGAAUUGUGGAUAGUGCUUUUACUAUCGCUUUCGAUCCCAUGUAUGACAACCUUCUUGAGGCGGUUAAGCAAGCUACCAACACCGGAAUUAAGGAAGCUGGAAUCGAUGCGAGAUUGGGAGAAAUUGGCGAGCACAUUCAGGAGACGAUGGAGAGUUACGAGGUUGAGAUUAAGGGUCAAACUUAUCAAGUUAAACCAAUCAGAAACUUAAACGGGCACGAUAUUCUACAAUGGAAGAUCCAUGGAGGAAAGAGUGUUCCAAUUGUCAAGAGCAAUGAUCAAACCAAGAUGGAAGAAGGAGAGGUUUUCGCUAUCGAAACUUUCGGAAGUACCGGAAAUGGUUAUGUUCGAGACGAUGUAAGUGUUUGUAUUAUACUCCGGGUCGCAAUUACUAAUCAUGUAUAGCUUGAAUGUUCUCAUUACGCUAAGGUCGCUGAUGCUCCUAACGUUCCAUUACGUAUCGCUUCAGCAGGCAAACUUCUUAAUGUUAUCAAUAAGAACUUUGGUACAUUACCGUUCUGUAGAAGAUAUUUGGAUCGCUUGGGUCAAGAUAAGUACCUACUCGGAGUAAGUCUCUUGUCAAUUUACACUUCUAGUAUAACAUCUGAUAAGAAACAGUUAAACGCAUUAGUCUCCCAUGGCAUAGUACAAGAUUAUCCCCCACUAGUCGACAAAAAGGGUUCAUACACUGCCCAAUUUGAACAUGUAAGCUCUUCCCGCUAUCUCUAGAAUACCCACUAACAACAAAUAGACAAUCGUGCUCCGACCAAACUGCAAAGAGGUGAUUAGUCGCGGUGAUGAUUACUAGUGAUGUUAAGCUACUAGAAGAUAUGAGUUCUAUGAUUUCAGUUUUCGCAUUGCAUGCAUGAUGAUGGAAAAAUGGAAUGGGCAUAGAUUUUGCGGCGUUGGGGAUAUUUUGUACUUUAACUUUGUGCUGGGGAUAUCUAUUUCCCUUCCAAAAAUGAUUUUUGAACCAUG